UCUAGUACAUGGAUUUGCUGGUAAUAAUUAUGCAUGGCUUCUGUAUAUCGCAGUGCAUUUUUUUGACUAACAAAAGUUAAACAAUAAUUCAGUAAGAGAGAAUAAACCAAGUGAUAGUAUGAAGAGCACUGCAGCUUUUCUGCUCUUGAUGCUAGCAGUCUGCAACUGUCAAAAUAACUUACAGUGCAGUGAAGCGAACUCCCUCCGUCUAGUGGGUGGGUCGACCCAGUUGGAGGGACGAGUGGAGGUGUGUCAGUCUGGAUCCUGGGGUACCGUAUGUGACGAUUUAUGGGGAGUAGAGGAUGCCAGCGUUGUGUGUGCACAGUUGGGAUAUCGUAGAGAAGGUGCCGUGGCUCUUAGUAGAGCUACCUUUGGCAUCGGCUCUGGUGAGAUAUAUCUCGAUGAUGUUCAGUGUGUCGGUACUGAGACUGGAUUGGUCGAUUGCCCUCACUCCGCCGAACAUAACUGUGGUCACAACGAGGACGCAGGAGUCAGGUGUCUCGAAGGUAUUAUGCUAGUCUGCAUGCAUGGAGCUGUACGACUGGUGGAUGGGACCACACCCAAUGAGGGACGAGUGGAGGUGUGUCAGAACGCUGUGUGGGGGACCGUGUGUGAUGACUUUUGGGACGUCACUGAUGCAGCUGUCGUGUGUACACAACUCGGCUAUUCUCCUAGUGGAGCCCAAGCUCUACAGAGAGCUCACUUUGGUCGUGGUACAGCGGGCAUCUUCCUGGAUGACGUUGCGUGCACUGGUAGUGAGGCUCGCCUGGUGGACUGUCCACAUGACCCCGGCCCUGGUGAUUGCAGCCAUUUUGAGGACGCCAGUGUGAUAUGCAAUACAGUUGUAGUUGCCUGUACUACCGGAGAUGUGCGACUGGUGGAUGGGACCACACCUAAUGAGGGACGAGUGGAGGUGUGUCUGAACGCCGUGUGGGGGACCGUGUGUGAUGACUCAUGGUCAACUGAAGAUGCCCAAGUCGCCUGUCGUCAGCUGGGCUUCUCAACUAAUAAUGUAGAUCACACUGUCCUGAUACCACCCGGUAGUGGACCCAUUCAUCUUGACAACCUGGCCUGUAGUGGGAGUGAGGGACGACUAAUAGAUUGUGUUUACGACAGCCACACGGAUGAUUGUAACCAUGCCGAGGAUGCUGGGGUCAGCUGUGAGGUGACUUGUUCUCAAGGGGCUGUGAGGAUUGGGGAAGAGGGGCGUGUCUCCGCUGCUGAGGGACGGGUGGAGGUGUGUAUCGAUGGACAGUGGGGCACUGUGUGUGAUGAUCGCUGGGAUGGUUUGGAUGCGGCGGUGGUGUGUGGACAGCUCGGAUUCUCUAGAUUUAAUGCCAUUGCCCACCCAAACGCACGGUACGGCAUUGUCACCGACCGGCCCAUCCUCCUGGACGAGGUGUUCUGUACGGGGACGGAGACACGCCUACUAGACUGUACGCACAGCAGCAACCACGAUUGCAGCCAUUUUGAAGACGCUGGUGUGAACUGCAGCUCUACCUUGUUGUGUGAGAAUGGUGCUGUCCGGCUAGUGGGUGGAGCCUCAUCCCUACAGGGGAGGGUGGAGAUGUGCUGGAGGGAAGAGUGGGGCACAGUCUGUGAUAAUGGUUGGUCAGCUAGCGAUGCAGCUGUCGUUUGCAGUCAACUCGGACUAAACAGUAUAGGUGCUACUGCAUUCUCUGAUGCUCACUUUGGACAAGGAUCUGGUGACAUUCUACUCAACAAUGUGGACUGCAGUGGAACAGAGAGCAGUCUGAUUGAGUGCUCACAUUCUGGUAUAGGGGCCAUCGGCAGCUGUAGUCAUGGUGAUGACGCUGGAGUAAACUGCAGACCUAGGGUUUGCUCCGAUGGUGAUGUGCGUCUGGUGAACGGUCUGACAGAGUUCGAAGGUCGUGUGGAGGUGUGCUGGCGUGAGGAGUGGGGGACAGUGUGUGAUGACUUUUGGGGCGAGAUGGACGCUCGUGUGGUGUGCACGCAACUAGGCUACAAUCAAACCAUCAGUGUGAUUAGUUUUCAACGUGCUGAGUUUGGCCGCGGGAUUGGAGAGAUCUGGUUGGACGAUGUGUUGUGUACGGGGACGGAGCCCGCCCUCCUUCAGUGUCCGGCUGAUCCGAUUGGUCAGGAUAACUGUGGACACGGAGAGGACGCAGGAGUUAGAUGUUCGCAGUGUAUUGAGAACAGUGUACGGCUGGUGGGUGGAGCCUCAUUCUACGAAGGUCGUGUGGAGGUGUGUCUUGGUGGGGGGUGGGGGACCGUGUGCAGUGACAACUGGAUCCCCCGGGAAGCUGCCGUAGUGUGCAAACAACUCGGACUACCAGAACAAGGUGCAGAGGUCAGGCUGGGAGCUUUCUUUGGUCGUGGGGAGGGGCUACCUAUUCUAAUGGACAACGUAGUGUGCUCCUCAAGUCACCAGCUGCUCACUGACUGCUCGUAUCUUGAUGCCCACAAUCUGGGGGUCAACUGUUUGGCUAACCAUUCCGGGGACGCAGGGGUCAUCUGUGGAAUUCCGCCCCCUGGUCCUCCGCAUAGUGUCAUCCUCUCGUCCAUUAAUGCUUCCUCAGUCACCGUAUCAUGGCAACACCCGCUAAACUCCACCUACCAAGCAACUGUCUUCUAUUACACAGUCAACUGCACAACAGACUCGCAGUAUUCAAAUGCUAGUCAUGUGACAGGAGACAACACCACUUUGUUGGUAGCAAUAACGGAGCUCCACCCAUACACCUCGUACAUAUGCUGUGUGGGGGGUGUGGGUAUGGCGGGUCCUGGGGAGCUCAGCUGUCAGACACUACAAACAUUACAAACAGCUCCUACUGCUUCCCCUGGUGGUCUCCGUGGCAAUGCCGCCUCAUCCGUUGCCAUGGAGCUUUCAUGGACUCCACCCCCUCCAGAACAUAUUAACGGAUUUCUUGUCGAAUACCGUGUUAGAAUUAACACAUUGGACACGUCACAGACAGUAUUCCACAUCGUCAGGGAGCCCAGAAUUGGAUUAUCCGGGUUGCAUCCGUAUUACCGAUACGAGUGUUCUGUGGCUGCCAUGACAACGGCCCUGGGGCCAUUCUCUGCACCUGUUACCAUAACUACCUUCCAGGAUGUUCCAAGCGGCCCCCCACGAAGUAUAGUGGGUGUGGCUAACUCCCCCACUAGUGUGGACCUCACCUGGCUACCCCCUCAACCUCAACACACCAACGGCAUCAUUAUAGGUUACAACAUUUCACUGACUGUGGCCUCCAAUGGCGCCAGGCAAGAGUAUACUACCUCACAACUGACCAGUUACACAGUCAUUUCUCUCCAAGUCUAUACCCGCUACAUCGUAACCAUAGCAGCACGGACAGUGAAUGGAACCGGACCGCAAAGCCUUGGGUAUGAGGUUUUGACCAGCGAAGCCGCUCCCACUAGACCACCUCUCAAUGUACGAUACACAACCAGUAGCUCUUCAAUGCUGGAACUGGAAUGGGACUUACCGGCCAGGCAGUUCUGGAAUGGAAUCAUUCGUACUCGCCGUGUGGAAUUGACAGAGGUUGAAACGACAACGAUGCAAUUGUUCAAUACUAGUACCAAUUCUCUGAGUCUGAGCGGACUUCACCCGUACUACAAUUACCGAUUCAGAGUUGCCAUGGUGACGAUAGCGGCUGGUCCAUUCUCUCCAGCACUCACCCUGCGAAUGCCACAAGACGCUCCUAGUGGCCCCCCUCGGAAUGUCCGAGUCUCUGUGACAACAGAUCUUGUAUCUCCAUCGGCAACGAUCAUGUGGGACUCUCCGCCAGUAGAGGAACAAAAUGGAGUCAUAACGGGUUAUACAGUGACCCUAACAAACCUUGAUCUGGGCAUAACUAACACCCAUAGCGCCAGCUCAGCACAAUUUGGUUUGACAAAUUUGGAGCCUAAUACACUGUACACUGUGACAGUACGCGCCCUGACCUCAGAGGGGGGUGGGCCGUCUAGUCUGAUCACCACAUUCAAUACUCGUACUGGAGUUCCCACUGGUCCACCACAAAACUUACGAGUGCUUGAUCCAAUUCUCUCGUCCUCCCUCAUGUUCUCUUGGACCUCACCCCCUAGCCACACCCACAACGGGGUCAUCAUCGGCUACACACUCACACUCACAGAGCAAGAAACAGGAACAACCCAAACACACAAUGUUACUUCAGUCACCAUGAUUACCGUGCGAGACUUGCACCCCUACUACCAGUAUGUGGUUGCCGUGGCUGCGUAUACAGUUGUGGGGGUGGGUCCGUUUACAGAGGUCAUCACUCAGAGAACAGGACAGGAUGUUCCAAGUGGCUACCCUGGCUCGCUGCGUGCCGUGGCUGUGUCCCCUCGUCAAGUGCAGCUGUCCUGGAGCCCACCUCCUCCUGAACUGACCAAUGGAGUCAUCACUGGUUACACAGUGACUGUCACAGGCGUCGAAUCAGAUGAGAGCUACACAAUUGAUACCGUGGCAAUCCAGUACAGUGUAACGACUCUACCCUACACCUCGUACAUGUUCAGUGUGUCUGCUAGCACAGAGAGGGGGGUGGGACCUCCCAGUCCGGAGGUUGUCAUAGAAACACCCGAGGAAGCUCCCUCCCACCGCCCACAGAAUCUAACAGUUGAUAUUCUCGGCCCGACAAGCUUCAGACUUUCCUGGUACCCUCCUCCCCCUCAAUAUCACCACGGCAACAUACGAGAGUAUAGUGUGAUCGUCACGGAGAUCAGGACUGGGGGAGAGCUUCUCUUAACGAGCACCACAACAGAGAUAGUUGCUAUGGACCUACUACCUUACACUCGCUAUACAUGCAGUGUUGCAGCUGUGACAGUUGCCGAGGGCCCUUACACUGCUGAGCUGGUUGCUAGGACCGCUGAGGAUGCACCAUCGACUGCACCUGUCAAUGUUCGGAUCACAGACCGCACCUCUACUACUAUCAGAAUGGAAUGGGAAGUACCACCAACCGAGACCAGGAAUGGAAUUGUUAGAAGAUACGACAUCCGAGUGUCACGCUCUGGUGCCUCUACAGAGAGGCUACUAUCCUCAACAUCUCCGCUCAUUAAUAUACAGGGUCUGAUUCCAGAUACUCAGUACCAGUUCCAAGUGGCUGCAUUCACCGUCUCCCAAGGCCCAUUCUCAAGCAACAUUUUAGCCACUACACUUGAAGACGUUCCCGGGAGCCCGCCCACACACAUCACACUCACAAAGAACAGCCCCACAUCUAUCACACUCUCUUGGUCCCCACCCGUUGUUUCCAAUGGCGACGUUGUUCGUUACCAUGCUCACCUAGUAGAGUGCCCCACAGACACACUGAUGGCAGUACAAACCACAGAGACAAGUGUGAUGUAUGACAACCUCCAUCCUUACUAUACGUACAAGUACAGUCUGACAGCUGCCACUGCUGUGGGGGUGGGGCCAUACUCUGACAAUGCCACGGUACAAUUAGACGAAGCAGCUCCCUCAAGCCAUCCGGUAGACUUGUCUGUAGUAUCAACAACCACUACAACAGCCUACAUCACGUGGGCCCCUCCCCCUCUCGACUCCCAAAAUGGUCUUAUUCGUAGUUACAUAAUCUACCUGACUGGACCUGGGAUUAACGACAACCAACAAUUCACUAGCUUUAUGGAGAGCUAUUCUCUCACGGGUCUUCGCCCUGGCAAGACGUACAGAGUGAGCAUGGCCGCUGUUACCGUGGAAACAGGGCCACAAUCAGCCGAUGUGGAGAUCAUCACUAUGGAAGAUAUUCCAGGUACACCGAACAGCUUCAGUAUUAGAGGUUCCACUCCGCGUUCCAUAUCCCUCUCAUGGACUCCGCCCCUCGAGGAACAGCGUAAUGGUGUCAUCAUUGGAUACACACUUGUCGUGACGCAGAUCAUCCCCAUCACAACAAAUCAGCCAAUCAGAAUUGAGACGACAGAAUUGGAGUUUGAAGUACAUGCCCUACAUCCGGCGUGGAUGUAUGAAUUCAGUUUAGCUGCUAAGACCAGUACCGGAGUGGGACCUUCCCAAACAAUCACAGCUACACUACCUGAGGAUGUUCCCUCUGCUCCCCCAGUAGACCUGACGGUAACAAGCCCAUCUCCCUCCACCCUCCGACUCAGCUGGAGGCCCCCAUCUAGUGAUCUAAAAAACGGCAUCAUAAGAGAGUACCAAAUCACGAUCACUGAACUAGCCACUGGAACUGUGACGACUGAUACUACCACUGCUUUGAGCUACCUGAAGAAUGGACUCCGCCCGUAUUACACGUACGAGUGUACUGUGUCUGCCAUCACUGUGGGGGCGGGACCCCCUGCGAUGAUACGAGUGCAGCAACCUCAGGACGCUCCUGGCAGUCCUACUGAGCUGACUAUAAACCACACCUCUUCCUCCACCACUCUUCUUCGUUGGGCCCCAGUCCCCGCCCUCUUGCAAAACGGGAUCAUCACCGGCUAUAUCGUCCUGGCCACCUCUACGAGCCGUAACCAUAGUUACAGUGCCGAUGGCGACACACUAGAGCUUGAGCUGAUGGGCCUGAGAGGAUACACGAUAUACAACUUCUCUGUAGCUGCCGAGACCACUGGUGGGCGGGGUCAACCUCUAGUGAUGACCUCCAGGACCCCCCAGGGAGCCCCAACAGUCCCUCCAAGCAAUGCUAUGGCAACUCGUAUCAGUGCCACUGAGGUCCGUGUGAGCUGGGACCCCCUCCCCCUCACUGAUGGUUCGGCACCCCCAAGCUUCCUGGUCCGCUAUAGAGUAGUUGAAGCGCGUCGAGUCACACGUAAUGCCAUGGAUACAGCCGAGUUUGUAGAAGUGGUGGAGUCAGGUAUAGUGGUGGAUGAGCUAGAGCCACACCUUGUGUACGGUAUCUCAGUGGCAGCAAAGAACGACAUGGGAGUUGGCGACUACAGCGCUGAGAUCAUUACAGAAUUAUUUGAGGGCAGUCCAUUCCGUGUGCACCUGUACGGGCCUAUAGUGUGUUUACCUUGGACUAGUUCUGGAGCUGCUGAGAAAGUCAACGAGGUUGUCCACUUCCUCUCCUCUAGUCUUGAGAUGUCAUGUGACUGUAUCUACUCCCCCAAGUACAUAGCCCAGGGCAGUCUGCAAUGUGGCGACCAAUCCACAGACAGAACCAUCCUCCACGCCACUCUUGUCAGCAGCGAAAAUGCCACAAGCGUUCAAAUACGAGACUUCCUUCAGACUCUGGUUAACACUGAGCCUACUAUUCUUGUCCAGGGUGUCCGACUACGAGUGGCGCCUUGUUCUGUGCUACCAGAUGACCUUUGCCCUCUGUACCCGGCACUGCCGAUUGUAACGGUUGCCGUGGAGCCCCGAGGGGGUGGGGGGAUUAGUGUCACCCUAAUUGGUGGUAUUGCCGGCGGUCUGGUUUUCUUGAUAUGUGGAACUUUGAUGCUCAUUCUGAUUGUGGUGGGAAUGAAAAGGAGGCAAGUAAAGAGGGAAGAAAGAGCGGGAAGACGCAACCACAACCUGAGACUCAACUUCACCCUCACUCCUGGAGAAGCUACUAAUGGAGUUGGCUACCCAUCGAAACUCUCAAAAGAACAGGAAUCAGGAUUAGACGACGAUCAUAUUUACGACGAACCCUCAAAAUAUUUCACCGACAAUCUCUCGGGACCACCCCCCUCUUACAACAAACCGGAUACUAAUUUCGACCAGAAAAUGUUAUCUGACCUCGAUGUCAACCCCUCUCCCCCGCGCACCACUAGAGGAGCACUUCCUGCUCCUCCCAUUGGCAACGGCAAAUGCAAGAGCAUCGAUAAUAAAGGAGCGUUUGCAGAACUAGAGUAUGAUGAACUUGGGAUAACUCCUAAACAAGAUGCUAUACCAGGACAACCAGAUUAUUCAGAGCUAGAUGUGAACAAAAUGCCAUCUCUUCGCUAUGGUAAUAUCGGAGUAAGUGAUGUUGUCCCAAAUUCAUACGAAUAUCUCACCUCCAUGAUGUCCAAAGCCACACCCACCCUUACAUCUGCAGAGCCUCCCGAGUACUCUAACACACAACCUCCCGUUACUAAUGAUAACACUGCACGUACCUAUGAACCUCUCAUACCAGCACCAUGGAAACCAAAGGACACACCCUCUCCUAAUAUGGACUACCAACAACUUGGGCCACCAGUUGGAUAUGCUGUCCCGCAAACGAGAGCCGAUAUUUCCACGAUGACAAGGAGCGAUGUACCACAGCCAAGCCUGAGGGGAGAGCAGCCUACAACAAAUUUGGAGCUGCUAGAGCCGUACAUUGAAAUGAAAACCCCAACAUAAUUAUUAACUUUCAUUGUUACUUAAUUAAUGCAACAUUGCUGUGUACUGAGCGAACUAUAUUAAACAUAACACAGUCAUGUAAUUGUUGUUUUUUUAUGUGUUUGUUGAUAGCUGCAUCAUAAUUAUUUCCUGUCAAUGUUGGAUAGCAAUUCAGUGUGUCUAGAAUUGUGCUGAAGAAUUUUGUUCAUUGCUAAAA